AAUAACUCAUCUGGUAAGGUAUCAUCCAAAUGACAUUUGCACUACAGUCUACAUGUGUGAGAUUGAAGAUGGCAGGUAAAUCAGAGGACCUUGUGGGGAAUGUGCUGCGUCAUUUCUUCUCUCUGGAGCAAGAGGGACAGUGUGGGAGUGUCAGGAUGUUGGGAGAUCUCCUGAUUGCAAACUCUCGGCCGCUUGAGCUAUGUAGCCAUGGAAACCAAUUCUCCAAAGUCCUGCUAUCCUAUGCCGACUCCUUGUACUCUGACCUCCAGUUCAGAAGAGCUCUUCAUUUCUACAAGGAAGCUUUGCAGGUGGCACAGACAGGGCAAGAUAACACAACUGAGUGUGCUCCUCCUAGUGUGUGUGAGGUCAGGUGGAGAAUGUACCAGUGCCACAUGAAACUCAAGGAGAAACAGGAAGCACUAGAUAUGCUGACCAGUAUUCCCUUGAAGCAAAGGGACUCCAAGGUAGCACUGGGUCUGGGGAAACUCUACCACCACUUCAAAAAUGAAAGCCGUGAAGCAAAGAUUUGCUACAAGCAGGCUCUCAGCAUGUCUCCGCUGGCGUUGGAGGCAGCUAUUGGUUUAUUGAGUCUGGGUGUGGCUCUAUCAGAGGUGGUGUUCAUAUCUCGCUCCCUACACUGUGAGGAGGAGGGUGGUAUACUCACACCUGGUACAUGGCUUUACUCGUGGCUGGAGGUGCAAGCUUACAUCGCCAGACAUGAAUACAGUGCUUACCUAGACAAUACUAGGUGUUUCCAUGGCUGCCCUCAUUCCCACACACAAUCAUUAUCAGGUGCAGUUUCCAAGAUGAACUUUAUUGCACAACAAGGUUUUUUAGCAAGUGCUGAGAUGAAUUGUCAGCUUGCGUGGUGUCUGACCAAGCUGGGACGCACGGACACUGCCAAGGAUCUGUUUGCUUCUGCUCACGCCCACGACCCGUACACUCUCACACACAUGGACACAUACUCCAGAUUGCUUAACCACGCCUCCUUGCUUAAGUUAACCCCUCGCCUACUAUACGCCAGCCCCGAUCAUCACCAGCCCUGGGUUGCCAAGGCCUGGGAAGCAACCAAAGAGGAACCCUUCAACACAAGGAACCGUGUCUUCCUGCACAAGGCUAACUCGAUUGAACCCAGGAAUGCUGAGAUGACCUUUCUACAAGGCUUUAUACUGAAGGCCAAACGCGAGUCAGGAUGGCUUAUGCAUUUCAAGAAAACUAUUCACCUUGACCCAACCUUUUUUGAAGCAUUCGAAAGUGUGAUAGAGAUGUAUAGGGACCAGUCACAGGAAAGAGUGGCGCUCACUCUCAUCAGGACGUUGGCUAAGAAGCUACCACUAUCUCGACAAUACUACCUGGAGGGACUAGCGCUAUCAAAGCAGAAUAAAACCAAGGCUCGACUAGCUCUGGAGCGCUCCAUCGAGUCAGAGGGACACUUUGAGAAGGCAGUUGUUGAGUUAGCAAAACUCUAUAUUUCAGAGAAGAACAUCGCGAAGGCUAUAGAAACUUUAACGAGUCAGCUGGAGGUGCGGACAAGUGCCAACCUCCACUGUGAGCUAGGGGACUGUCUGGUCAAACUGAGCAGACUGCCUGAGGCAGAGGAGCAGUUCAGACUGGCUUUAGGACUGGAGAAAGACCACAAGAGAGCUCGAAAGAAUCUUGAUACAACAAACCAACUGGUUUCAGGGCAUCCAGCAUUUUCCAACUUCAGUGACGAUGGAGAAUAUGGUGGGGGGAGUGAUGAGAGCAUACCAGACCUGUCUGGGGAACACUACGACCAAGAGAUGCUUGGAUACUAGGCAAUUAGCAAUUUAAUUGUUGUCUCUUUGAGCUUCAAUCAGUGGAUUUAACGAACUGGACCUCCUGGCAAUAGAACUGGAAACUAAACUAACUGUAUAAUUAUCUGAACACACCAAAUAAUACUCUCUAUUUCAGUAUGCCAGUAUGCCUAUUUCUACAAUCAUGUCAAUCAAUUCUGAGUUUUGUGUAUCUGCUGUUUGAGCUGUAUAAUUAAUUCUGAUAUGAA